AUGACUGUGCCGAGCAUCAGCUCCACUUGCAGUGGUGUUAACAGUGUCUGGUGCAGCAGUAACGGUGGCGGCGGCAGCAGCAGCAGCAACCACAGAUAUGGCCAAGAGCAUCAUCUGAGUCCCACUGGCCACCUAGUCACAGCCAUCUGCCUUGGCAUCAUUGGGAUUCUGGGUUUCCUCAAUAACCUCCUGGUCCUGGUACUUUUCUGCCGAAACAAAGUGCUGCGGUCUCCGAUUAACUUGCUGCUGAUGAACAUUUCAGUGAGUGACCUGAUGGUGUGCAUUGUGGGCACCCCUUUCAGCUUUGCGGCCAGCACUCAGGGAAGAUGGCUCAUAGGGCCAGCCGGCUGCGUGUGGUAUGGCUUUGCCAACACCUUGUUUGGUACGGUGUCACUUAUAUCGCUGGCUGUGCUUUCAUAUGAACGCUAUUGCACCAUGAUGGGUACAACUGAAGCUGAUGCCACAAACUACAAGAAAGUAUGGAUGGGAAUCUUUGUGUCCUGGAUGUAUUCCUUAUUCUGGAGCUUGCCACCACUUUUUGGAUGGAGUAGCUAUGGACCAGAAGGACCAGGCACGACAUGUUCAGUUAACUGGCAUUCACGGGAUGCUAACAAUGUAUCUUACAUAAUUUGCCUCUUCGUCUUUUGCCUUGUCCUUCCUUUUUUCAUUAUUGUUUACUGCUAUGGGAAGCUACUGUGUGCCAUAAAGCAGGUGAGCGGAGUCACCAAAGGGAUGGCACAAACCAGAGAGCAACGGGUGCUGAUCAUGGUGGUUGUGAUGGUCAUUUGCUUUCUUCUCUGCUGGCUACCUUAUGGCACUGUGGCCCUGAUAGCGACAUUCGGGAAGCCCGGCCUAGUUACUGCCCCUGCCAGCAUCAUUCCUUCCAUCCUCGCAAAGAGUAGCACGGUCUACAAUCCGGUCAUCUACAUAUUUUUGAACAAACAGUUUUACAGGUGCUUUUGUUCCCUCCUGAAAUGUGACAGGAAAUCAGGCCUUUCCAGCAACAAAAGCUCCUUGAGGUCUACUCGAAUGUGCUGCACUGUCCGGAGACAGGACAAUAACUUCACGUUUGUCGCUGCUUCGGCCGGACAGCCAUCCUCAGAACACCCAGAAGAAGCAACUGUCAGCCUCCAGGAUCCGGAACCCGCAGCCCCCAAUGGCCCCAAGGCAAAACAAACAGUGUUGCUUGUAGCUCAUUACAGUGCUUGA